GUGAAGGGGAGAAGGAAAGAGGUGCAGAGAUUUCACAGCUUUUAGAAAGCAAAGCAAGGGCCCGAGAGAAAUGGGCUUCACUGGUCUCCUACUGUCAUUUUGCAAUCUUAACUGAAUCCUUAAAAGCCAUUGUCUAACAGAAGGUGCAGAAUUGACACAGAACGGUGACCAGCAGCUGUUGUCCCCAGAGGAUAUGGGCAAUAUCUGUUUCACUAAUUUUUAAGGCAAAGUUGAAUAAACAUGGGGCGUGUCAGAAUGCGCCGUGGUUUUCAGAUAGUAAUGUGGAGAUGGUGAAUCUCAGUCUGCCGGCCGCUCAGGGAACAUAUACGAGUAACACUGAAGGAAGAUUAUGAGAUGUGGGUAUCCUCAGGAUUAACUGUGUGGAGAGGGAUGUUUCACUGAAUCUAAAGGCGGCUAUUCCCUGUUGCUGACAUGAGAGGAAAAAGAGGCUUUUUCCAUGACUUGAAGAAUCCUUAUGCUUCAAACAGACGAGGUCCUGAAGGAGAAGAGGAGGCCGUUCGUCCGUUCAGCAGGCAUGGGUGUAAUAAAUGCUUUGCUAGAUGAACUAUUAGAGAAAAAAGUGCUGAACCAGGAGGAGAUGGAGAAAGUAAAAUGUGAAAACGCUACAGUUAUGGAUCAGGCCCGAGCUUUGAUUGACUCCGUCAUUCGGAAAGGGCCCCAGGCAUGCCAGAUUUGUAUUGAUCACAUCUGUGAAGAGGACUCCCACCUUGCAGUGACGCUGGGCCUCGCCUCAGGUACACAACCUGAUAAUUUUCUUAACCAAGGAUUCCAAGUAGCUGUUCCUCCCUUCCUAGCUCCUCAGGCAUUGCAGGACAACAUGGGUAAGUCCUCAUACUCAAGGCCAGGAGGCAGCCUCAAGCUUUGCCCCCCAGAAACUGCCCAAAGGAUAUGGAAAGAAAAGUCAGCAGAGAUUUACCCAAUAAUGGCAAAAUCAACCCGCAUGCGUCUUGCCCUCAUUAUCUGCAACACAGAAUUUGACCAUCUUCCCUGGAGAGAAGGAGCCCAAAUUGAUAUCAGAGACAUGAAGAUGUUGCUGGAAGGUCUGGGGUACUGUGUGGAAGUUAAAGAAAACCUUACCGCUUCGGACAUGAUUACAGAGCUGAAGGGAUUUGCUGCCCGCCCAGAGCAUCGGAAGUCUGACAGUACUUUCGUGGUGUUCAUGUCUCAUGGUAUUCAGGAGGGCAUCUGUGGGAAGAAAUUCUCUGAGGGGAACCCAGAUGUAUUGAAAGUCAACACCGUCUUUCAAAUUUUGAACACCUCUAACUGUCCAAGUUUGAAGGACAAACCCAAGGUGAUCAUUAUCCAGGCCUGCCGUGGGGAGAACCAAGGGGUAGUAUGGUUAAAAGAUUCAGUACAAGCUCCUGGAAACACUGCCUCCCUGUCUGAAGAUGAUUUUGAGAAUGAUGCCAUCAGGAGAGCUCAUAUAGAGAAGGAUUUUAUUGCUUUCUGUUCUUCAACACCAGAUAAUGUUUCUUGGCGACAUCCCGUGCGGGGCUCUCUUUUUAUUAUAAAACUCAUUGAAAAUUUGCAAGAAUAUGCCUGGUGUUGUGAUCUGGAGGAAAUUUUCCGAAAGGUCAGACUUUCAUUUGAGCCAUCGGAAGGUAGGGCACAGAUGCCCACUGCUGAAAGAGUGACUUUGACAAGAUGUUUCUACCUCUUUCCAGGAUAUUAAAAUGCGAUGCCAGGAGUUCUGUCAUUUUCUGAACAUGUUUUGGGAAUUACAUCUAUAGGAAGCAGAUAUUUCUCUAACUAUUCCAAUAAAUCUGAAAUAAAAAAGAAAA